GAGAAGGAGGAGAAAGGGACCGAAACUGCAGCAGGAGGGGCUGAGGUUAGGUGGCUGGAAUAGCUAACAGGAACUCUUCACUGUUAACCUGCCUGGUCGAGACUCUAGGGGUCUUCAGAUUGAAGCGGGAUUUCUACAAAAGCGAGGGGCCCAGAGGGAAAUGAAAUGUGAGGGCUACGGCAGGAAUUCCUGUCAUUGAUGAGCCCCACAGCAGCGCUCGCCGCACAAAGCUCCAGGAACCGAGAAAUGGGGGUCAAGAAAGAGCCACUUUUCUGACAAAGAUACUACAACCGGCCGAUCUUUCAACUGCUGGAGAAGUCUCCAGACCCGGAGGGCGAGUGUAGGGCACGCGAGGCUCAGUGGAGUAGCGGCGGGGGCGGUGCCUCCGGCCCAGCCUCACCGCAGACUUAGAUAAGCGAGCUGAGAAUGAAGCGGAGAGCAUCAGACAGAGGAGCUGGGGAAACGUCGGCCAGGGCGAAGGCUCUAGGAAGUGGGAUUUCUGGAAAUAAUGCCAAGAGAGCUGGACCAUUCAUCCUGGGUCCCCGUCUGGGCAACUCACCAGUGCCAAGCAUCGUGCAGUGUUUGGCAAGGAAGGAUGGCACAGAUGACUUCUAUCAGCUGAAGAUCCUUACCCUUGAGGAGAGGGGCGACCAAGGAAUUGAAAGCCAAGAGGAGCGGCAAGGCAAGAUGCUGCUGCACACCGAGUACUCCCUGCUGUCCCUCCUCCACACGCAGGACGGGGUGGUUCACCACCACGGGCUCUUCCAGGACCGCACCUGUGAAGUGGUUGAGGACACUGAAUCCAGCCGAAUGGUUAAGAAGAUGAAGAAGCGCAUCUGCCUCGUCCUCGACUGCCUCUGCGCGCACGACUUCAGCGACAAGACGGCCGACCUGAUCAACCUGCAGCAUUACGUCAUCAAGGAGAAGAGGCUCAGCGAGCGGGAGACCGUGGUCAUCUUCUACGACGUGGUGCGCGUGGUGGAGGCCCUGCACCAGAAAAAUAUCGUGCACAGAGACCUGAAGCUAGGGAACAUGGUGCUCAAUAAGAGGACGCAUCGGAUAACCAUCACCAACUUCUGCCUCGGGAAGCAUCUCGUGAGCGAGGGGGACCUGUUGAAGGACCAGCGGGGGAGCCCUGCCUACAUCAGUCCAGACGUGCUCAGCGGCCGGCCGUACCGGGGCAAGCCCAGCGACAUGUGGGCCCUGGGCGUGGUGCUGUUCACCAUGCUCUACGGCCAGUUCCCCUUCUACGACAGCAUCCCGCAAGAGCUCUUCCGCAAGAUCAAGGCCGCCGAGUACACCAUCCCCGAGGACGGCCGGGUUUCUGAGAACACCGUGUGUCUCAUCCGGAAGCUGCUCGUCCUCGACCCCCAGCAGCGCCUGGCCGCCGCCGCCGUCCUGGAGGCCCUCAGCGCCACCAUCGCGUCGUGGCAGUCCCUGUCUUCUCUGAGCGGGCCUCUGCAGGUGGUUCCUGACAUCGACGACCAAAUGAGCAACGCAGACAGCUCCCAGGAGGCGAAGGUGACAGAGGAGAGCUCCCAGUAUGAAUUUGAGAACUACAUGCGGCAGCAGCUGCUGCUGGCCGAGGAGAAGAGCUCCGGGCACGAGGCCCGCGGCUGGGCGCCCAAGCGGCCGUCGGGGGCGGGGGUGCCGCCCGUGCGCCGGCUGGGCCACGACGCGCAGCCUGUGAACCCCCUGGACGCGGCCAUCCUGGCCCAGCGCUACCUGCGGAAAUAGCAGCCUUGGGCAGGGGCACCGGCGCCCGCCCACCACCUCGUCCCGGCCCCCAGCCAGUGGCCCUGCCGCCCCGCCGCCGUGCUGAACUCUUGCCUGGGCUGCGCCGGGAACGGGGCAGGGACAGCCCAGGUCACCCGUGUGGUCAGCAGAGGUACCGCGAAGCUACCUUUUGGAAUGAUUGCUUGAUUGUUUGGUUUUUUUUUAAUCUGAGAAGCCUAGAUAACUAAUCUGCUUUUAAUCAUAACGUUUUAAUCUACCUCUGUCUCUUUAACCAUGCUGUCUCUGGACUGAGUGAGGAGGAGGAGGAGGAGGGAGCCCGCCCACCACUGACCCCCGCCCCCCCGACCCCCAGGGGGCAGCUGCCCCCCAACAGUCCACAUAAGCUGAAAGUGCAGCUCAUUGCUGGCUCCCCACAAGAACGCCCACUCCCCACUGCCCUCCCAGACCCCUCACAGUCUGUUUUCAUCCCUCCCCUUCUGACCCAGGCCCCUCAGUCCAAGCUUUGGAAAACUCUCACCUCAUCUUAAGCGGAAUCAAAUAUAUUUAUUUUUGUACUGAAACCAGCUUCUCUGCCAUCUCUAGGUGGUUCGGCCCGUGGCCACUCGCUGCCCCCAGCCUGGCUGGACAGCAGGGGAGCCCACAGCCCCCAGUGGGCCCCUUCCUCAGCCCCGGGCUCAGAAGCCCCUUCUUGCCGGCCCCCUCCAUCUCCAGCCCACCAGUCCCUCCUUGUCUCCGGUGAUGAGGAGGUCUUCUAGACUGGCUUCUCUUUCUCCCAGCUCAGCUUCUCUGAGGUGCUGCACACCCUCACUAGCCCUGGUUUCCUCCUCCACCCCUCAACGUGGUACCGAGGUGAUGCUGACCCGGAUGGGAGGGGGUCCUCGGCCAGAUGUGAGCACGGCCGGCACCCCUCUGUUCAGAGAAGAGCAGGGGCAUCUCCCCCCCUGCCUCGUAACAGAGGCGGUGUCUCUCCCAGCAGACCGCCAGGGUCGCCAGGGUCCUUCCUGGGGGCUGCAGGGCUCACGAGGGAGACCUGUAGGGGCCGGGGGCCCCGCCUGGGUUGAGAACAGCCCCGCUGCCCUUUUGAGCCGAGAUUUUGAAGUGGAUGCCCGUCUUGCCAGAAAACCCUGUUCUCACCAGAAUGCCCCCCUCCCCGCUCUCCCGCACUGGACUUGGCCCUGCCCAGCGCCAAGCAGAGACCCUCCCCUGACCUGCCUGCGCCCGCCCCCCGCCCCCAGCCCCUCAGAGCAGCCGAGUAUCCCCCUCCAGGCUGCCCUGGGCCCUCAGCCCUGCCCUGCCUGCCCAGUGGGGGAGGUGACCGAGGCCCGUAUGACCUUGUUCCCCAGCGUGUGAGCUGCGCCCUCCCCAAAAGCUGACUCACUGUGAGUGACUUGGGCAAGGUCCCAAAAAAAAAAAAAAAAAACCUCCUUGUGCCUCAGUUUCCCCAUCUGGAAAAAAUGGGGCCACCUCUUGCCAGCAGUAGCAGGGCCGCCCACACCCCCUUCCUCCCCACCCCCAACCCCGGCACGCGGGCGCCUCGAGCCUCUGCCUCAGUGGGUCCGCGGGGCCUACCUGAGCCCCGCACUCACCCCCGAGCACCAGGCUGGCCUCCCUCAGCCAUCCAGCCGCUGAGAGCCAGGGUCUUGCGCGGGGGUGGGGCUGGGGGUGGGAUGCCCUCUUUUCUAUAUUUAUUUCAAAAAAGAAGUCUCCUAAGGAGUGGAAAUGCAGUCCCGCCCAGGGCUCCCAGCGCCUGUGACUGUCUUUCUGUGAGGGCCUCACCUGAGCCCCUUGUCCGGCCGCCCGCCCAGACCCUCCAGGCCCGCUCACCUGGUGGUCCUUCUCCUCCUUUUCAAAGCAAUAUCCUCUGGGUCUGCAAAAGCCUGUCAGACAGACUGGUCCCUUCCAAGGUCAACCCAUCCGUCUGAUUAAUUUCUGGCAAAGCAAAUGAGAGGAGGCUGGGUCUGCCCUCACUGGGUGUCACACGCUGAGAGAAGUCCUACUGUAAAGAAACAAAAACGGAAAAAGUCACAAAAAAGUUUGUAUAAAGUCAUAUUUUUGUACUACAUGGGGACUCUUCCUGCAUGUCAGCAAUAAAACUUCCUGACCUGGA